CAUCCCCUAUACCUCCUCUUUCCGUCGCUGAAGUGAAGUUGACCGGGGUGUGAAUCUGUAAGAAUGUUAAUGACACGGCGCUUCUAAAUUUGGUAAACACGAAUCAUUACUUCGGUCUGUUAUCGGAUGAAGGGCAGGGAAGAAGCUGCUGCUGUUGCUGCCGCCGCCACCACUCCGCCUGUCGCCCAGGCUCCUUGUCCCUCUGCCACAGCCAGUCUGGACUCACUGAUGCUGUGAGGUCGCUUCGAGCCGCUGCCCCGCACAGCAGGAUCCCGGAUCGGAGGAAAUCUCCCGGAGAAUCUGCAGCCCUCAUCCCGAUGCUCCACUUUUUUUUUCUGUUUGUUUCAUUCGCUUUUUUGGGGAUCGGAGAGAUCUAAAGAGAGGGAGAGAUCCUCGCCUUCUACCGGAUCGCCUACAACUUGGUGACUUUUUAAAUUAAGGAACUUAAAUGACACCAAUUCUGACCUGAUCGACCGAGAAGGCUUUUGGUGCAAAAAAUCCCAGCGAGAUGUAUCCUCAAGCCAGACAUCCCGCGCCUCACCAGCCUGCACAGCCCUUUAAAUUCACCAUCUCCGAAUCGUGUGAUCGCAUCAAAGAAGAAUUUCAGUUUUUACAGGCGCAGUAUCACAGUUUGAAAUUGGAAUGUGAAAAGCUAGCCAGUGAAAAGACUGAAAUGCAACGCCAUUAUGUCAUGUAUUAUGAAAUGUCUUAUGGACUGAAUAUAGAAAUGCACAAACAGGCUGAAAUUGUCAAGAGACUAAAUGCCAUUUGCGCCCAAGUCAUUCCUUUCCUGUCUCAGGAGCACCAACAGCAAGUGGUGCAGGCAGUGGAGCGGGCCAAGCAAGUGACCAUGGCUGAGCUAAACGCCAUCAUCGGGCAGCAGCAACAGUUACAGGCCCAACAUCUAUCCCAUGGCCAUGCACUUCCAGUACCUCUCACCCCUCAUCCGUCUGGACUCCAGCCCCCAGGAAUACCGUCAGUUGGAAGCAGUGCAGGACUAUUGGCAUUAUCAAGUGCAAUGAAAGAUGAGAAAAAGCAUCAUGACACGGACCACCAAAGAGACAGAGACUCAGUAAAGAGCUCUUCAGUGUCACCAUCAGCCAGUUUCAGAACUGCAGAGAAGCACAGAAACUCAAAUGAUUAUUCCACAGAUAGUAAGAAGCAGAAGACUGAUGAUAAGGACUUAGCAAAUCGUUAUGAUAGUGAUGGAGAGAAGAGUGAUGAUAACUUGGUGGUGGAUGUCUCCAAUGAGGAUCCCACCUCACCACGAGGUAGCCCACCACACUCGCCACGGGAAAAUGGCUUGGAUAAAUCUCGCCUAUUAAAAAAGGAUGCACCUAUAAGUCCAGCUUCUAUUGCUUCCUCCAGUAGUACUCCUUCCUCAAAGUCCAAAGAAAUUGGUCUUAAUGAGAAAUCAACUACUCCAGUAUCAAAGUCGAACACUCCAACUCCACGAUCAGAUGCUCCUACUCCAGGAAGUAAUUCCACCCCAGGAUUGAGGCCAGUCCCUGGUAAACCACCAGGAAUUGAUCCAUUAGGUUUGAGGACUCCCAUGGCAGUACCAUGCCCUUAUCCUGCUCCUUUUGGCAUAGUGCCCCAUGCUGGUAUGAAUGGAGAUCUGACAAGCCCAGGGGCAUAUGCAGGUUUACAUAAUAUCUCCCCCCAGAUGAGUGCAGCAGCAGCUGCUGCAGCAGCGGCAGCUGCCUAUGGCCGAUCUCCAGUGGUUGGGUUUGAUCCACAUCACAUACGUGUACCUGGGAUUCCACCGAACUUAAGUGGCAUCCCUGGCGGAAAACCUGCUUAUUCAUUUCAUGUAAGUGCUGAUGGACAAAUGCAACCUGUGCCUUUUCCUCCUGAUGCCCUGAUUGGACCUGGAAUUCCAAGACAUGCUCGACAAAUGAACUCUCUGAGCCAUGGUGAAGUUGUGUGUGCAGUGACCAUCAGCAAUCCCACAAGGCAUGUGUACACUGGUGGGAAAGGAUGUGUGAAGGUCUGGGACAUUAGUCACCCUGGAAACAAGAGCCCAGUCUCUCAACUGGACUGCCUGAACAGAGACAACUACAUUCGAUCAUGCAAAUUAUUACCUGAUGGUCGUACCCUGAUUGUUGGUGGGGAAGCCAGCACGUUAUCUAUCUGGGACCUGGCAGCUCCAACUCCUCGUAUAAAGGCAGAGUUGACAUCCUCUGCUCCUGCCUGCUAUGCUCUGGCGAUCAGUCCUGACUCCAAAGUCUGUUUCUCCUGCUGUAGCGAUGGUAAUAUUGCUGUCUGGGAUCUGCACAAUCAGACAUUAGUCAGGCAAUUCCAGGGUCACACAGAUGGAGCCAGCUGUAUUGACAUUUCAAAUGAUGGUACCAAACUUUGGACGGGAGGUUUAGACAACACUGUAAGAUCCUGGGACCUCCGGGAAGGAAGGCAACUACAACAGCAUGAUUUCACAUCCCAGAUAUUUUCAUUGGGAUAUUGUCCCACAGGAGAGUGGCUUGCGGUUGGAAUGGAAAACAGCAAUGUAGAGGUUCUGCAUGUGACAAAACCAGACAAAUACCAAUUGCAUCUCCAUGAGAGCUGUGUGCUAUCCCUUAAGUUUGCUCAUUGUGGUAAGUGGUUUGUAAGCACUGGCAAGGAUAAUCUGCUGAAUGCCUGGAGAACACCUUAUGGAGCAAGCAUAUUUCAGUCGAAGGAGUCCUCUUCAGUGCUGAGCUGCGACAUCUCAGUGGAUGAUAAAUACAUUGUCACUGGCUCUGGGGACAAGAAGGCUACAGUCUAUGAAGUUAUUUAUUAGGAAUGGAGCCUGAACACAAAGAUACCUUUCACUAUAGCACUUUUGUUAGAUUUGCUCUUUAUGGCUGACUUUGCAAAACAAAGACUUUAAUGUCCUUGGCAUCAUCUCUCAGCUCUGUGCUGUAUUUGAUCAUAAUUUCUGGACACAACCAUCUAGGAUCACAAAACCCACAAAAUCCAGAUCUUGAGUGG